CUGCAUCAGGGCCAAGAUAGAGCAGGGUCUGAGAGGUAACCCAGGAGCUCAGGCUGGCCUUCGGAAGCUCCAGGCUCUUCUAGUCGCUCUUCCCCACAGGACCCUGCCCCUUCAAACUUCUGUUUUCUUCCUCCUGGCUGUCCUGGGCCCGGAUUGCAGUUUUGUAAGGCUUCUGAACAGGUUCUGAAGAAGAGUAAAGAUCACAAGGCCUGUAACAGACCCACGGGUUCAGGUCCACGGGUAUAGACCUUCAUACUCCAUUAAGUCGAAGGGAGAAGGAAGAACCAGAGGAACACCAGCUCAGCCAUUUGAGUUAAGACUACAGAGUGUUCACACAGACAGCAGAGAGCUGUGUAGAGAGCGUCCCAUGGAUUUAGUCAUGAAGUUGCCACAAAUGAUACGGAAGGUUUUUACCCCUUUCAUAAACAUGGCGAAACCUCUCAAGCCGCCAUUGUUUAAAUCCAUCACUGCUGGUGAGUCAUCCUAUAGCAGCCAGAACUCUUCUUCUCCAGAAGUCAUUGAGAAGGUCGGUAAGGCUGUGGCAGAGGGGGAUUUACAGAAAGUGAUAUACACAGUCAAAGAGGAAAUGCAGAGUAAGUCUAGAUACACGGUAAAAAUCGCCGUGACUGGGGACUCUGGCAAUGGCAUGUCAUCUUUCGUCAACGCCCUUAGGCUCAUUGGACAUGAGGAGGAGGAUUCAGCUCCCACUGGGGUGGUGAGGACCACCCAGAAACCAGCCUGUUACUCCUCUUUCCACUUUCCCUAUGUGGAGCUGUGGGACCUGCCUGGCACCGGGGUCACAGCCCAGAGCAUGGAGAGCUACCUGGAUGAGAUGCAGUUCAGCGCAUAUGACCUUAUCAUCAUCAUUGCUUCUGAGCAGUUCAGCUCGAAUCAUGUGAAGCUGGCCGAAGCCAUGCAGAGGAUGAGAAAGAGGUUCUAUGUCGUCUGGACCAAGCUGGACAGGGACAUCAGCACAAGUACCUUCCCUGAACCCCAGCUCCUGCAGAGUAUCCAAAAGAAUAUCAGGGAGAAUCUCCAGAAGGCUCAGGUGAGGGACCCCCCCAUAUUUCUGGUCUCCUGCUUUAGUCCAUCUUUUCACGACUUCCUAGACCUUAGAGAGACACUGCGAAAAGACAUCCACAACAUCAGGUACAGAGAUCCCUUAGAGACCCUUUCUCAAGUCUGCGACAAGUGCAUCAACAAUAAGGCGCUCUCUCUGAAGGAGGACCUGAUGUUCACGAAACACCUGGAGGCAGCUGUCAGCCCCCCGUAUGAUAUUGCUGACCUGGAGAGGAGUCUGGACACCUACCAGAAGCUCUUUGGUGUGGAUAAUGAGUCACUUAGGAGGGUAGCUCAGAGUACAGGGAGACCAGAGAUGAGCACCAGGGCCUUGCAGUUCCAGGACUUGAUCAAGAUGGACAGGAGACUGAGGUUGAUGAUGUGUUUUGUCGUGAACAUACUCCUCAGGGUUCUUGGAAGUCCAUGGUGGUUCGGCUUGUGGGAUGUCGUUACCCGAUACUUCAGACACCAGAGACAGAAGCGCAUCAUUGAAAUAGUUGCUAAGAACACCAAGACCUCCUUGAGGAGAGCUCUAGAGGACUAUACACUUCCUCCUGAAAUCCUUUGUGAAGGGUCUGGCGUACCCUCAAGUGGAAUCCAGGCUGCCUCAGGGUCUUUUUGCAUAGAGCCCUAGCUAUUCGCCAGAAAACAAGAACUGCAGCAACACCUUGUAACAAUGCUUAAUAAAUUUAGAGGACUUCAGGAAACCGCUCUCCUUCCUGUCUUCAAUUCUAAUACCCUGUUCCUUCAAAGUGUCAAGUACUUGCCGAGACAAUCAGCCAAGCCUUGUUAGCUCGGUACUUAGAUUCUUAUGCUUUCAGUCUUCUUGGUAACGCAUGUUUAAAUCAAAUCUUUUCCCUCGGGCUGGAGAGAUGGCUUAGUAGUUAAGAGUAAUGGCUCCUCUUCCAGGGGUCCUGAGUUCAAUUCCCAGCAACCACGUGGUGGCUCACAACCAUCUGUAAUGGGAUCUGAUGCCCUCUUCUGAUCUAUCUGAAGACACAGUGUGUUCAUAUAUAAAAAUAAAUAAAUAAAUGAAUCUUUAAAAAAAA